AGAAAGAGGAAAGGGCAAGAGGGGGUAUUAUUGGAAGUUAAAGAGCUGUCGUGACUGCUAUUUUUCUUGUAAGAAAACAACGAAAUGGAGCAUAUAACAUAACAUAAUUAAGAAGCCAGCAGCCCACUCUCUCGUGAUUUUGAUUGGGUUGAGAGAGAGCUGAGAAUUGUUGCCAAAUUUGAAUACAAAAGUCCAAUUGAAUUCCUAUCUAUUUCAGUUCCCAGGAAUUAUUUUGUCGUUUUCGUUUUGUUAUUGCCUGUUGCUGUUAAGGCUUUCUCUUUCUCAUGGGUUCCUCUCCGUGACACUUAAAAAGUUUUGAGAGUAAAAAAGAAGAAGCUUCCUUAAAGCCGAAGCUCUUUAGGAUUUUGCAAUGGGUUCGAGUAGACCUCAAAAGACUGGCAAUGGAGUGUCUACCAGAUGGGUUUCUCUCUUUUGCAUUGCCAGUUUCCUCUUGGGUGUACUUGUUGUCAACAGAUUUUGGGCUAUUUCUGAUCCAGUUAAAAUGGAUGAGGAGGCUACUUUGGUACAGAAACAUCAGAGAAAAGAAGUUCCCCCCAUAGUUAAUUGUGAUAAGGAUGCUUCUGUUCAGGCAGGUGAUAUUCUUUCUCAAGUUUCACAAACCCAUGACGUAAUUAUGACAUUAGAUAAAACAAUCUCCUCGUUAGAGAUGCAGCUAGCUGCAGCUAGAGCUGCCAAAGCAGAUAGUGAGGAAGGAUCUCCAAUGGUUACAAAAUCAGGAAUUGAGAAUUGGAAGGAACGCCGGAAAGUUUUCUUUGUUAUGGGAAUUAUUACUGCAUUCAGCAGUAGAAAACGAAGGGACUCAAUCAGGGAAACUUGGAUGCCUCAAGGGGAGGAGUUAAAGAGGUUGGAGAAAGAGAAGGGAAUUAUAAUGCGAUUUGUCAUAGGACACAGUGCAACCCCUGGUGGCGUUUUGGAUCGUGCUAUUGAUGCAGAAGAAGAACAACACAAGGAUUUUUUGCACCUGAAUCACAUUGAAGGUUACCAUGAACUGUCAUCAAAAACUCAAAUAUACUUUUCCACAGCUGUUGCUAAGUGGGAUGCUGACUUCUAUAUUAAAGUCGAUGAUGAUGUACAUGUAAACGUGGGUAUGGUGGGUUCUACACUGGUCCAUCACAGAUCAAAACCCCGUAUUUAUAUUGGUUGCAUGAAGUCUGGACCUGUUCUGGCUCAGAAAGGUGUUAAGUACCAUGAACCAGAAUAUUGGAAAUUUGGUGAGGUGGGAAACAAGUAUUUUAGGCAUGCAACUGGACAAAUAUAUGCAAUCUCCAAAGACUUGGCCACCUAUAUCUCUGUCAAUCGGCACGUACUUCAUAGAUAUGCUAACGAAGACGUCUCCUUAGGUUCCUGGUUUAUUGGUCUUGAUGUUGAGCAUAUAGAUGAUAGAAGUCUCUGCUGUGGUACUCCCCCUGAUUGUGAGUGGAAAGCUCAAGCAGGGAAUCCCUGUGGCGCAUCAUUUGAUUGGAGCUGCAGUGGCAUUUGCAAGUCCGUGGAGAGAAUGGAGGAGGUGCACCAACGUUGCGGGGAGGGUGAUGAGGCCAUCUGGCAUACCAGUUUCUGAAAGCAUACCAUUAACCUGGUUGUAGUAUUGUGUUUAUUUGAUCAAUGCUGUGCGUCAAACAGCUCCGUCUGCCCCGUUUUUGCCUAUCAAUAUCUCGGGACAGUUGGUACAGGAUUAAAUUAAUCACUGCACAUAUUCUCAUUUCUAGAAAAGAAAAUGAAAAUCUUUUAGUCCUAAAAUGCCAUUUGCCUAUCAAUGUCUCGGGACAGUUCGUACAGGAUUAAAUUAAUCACCGCACAUGUUCUCAUUUUCAGAAAAGAAAAUGAAAAUUUUAUAGUUCUGAAGUGUCAUUCUCUUUAAGUGAAAUUGACGACAGCUGGUUGGCAUCGUUGUACAAUGUAUUUAAAGCACUAGAAGGUUGAUCAAAACCAUUUAAACGGGGUCAAGCACAUCAUGAUUUGCAGCGAUGUUUUCCUUCAUUGAUAGGCGGACCCAUAUCGCAAUGUUAGCCUGGUGAAGUGGAUACUUUUUGGGCCCACAAAAUGGUGCUUUUUUAAGUUUUGAUGUAGGCUUAAGGAUGUUGACAUGACCAAGUCAUGAGAGCUUGUUGAUCAAUCGAAAGGGAAGUUAGACGACGGCAGAGCAAAUGCAUUGGCGGAAUUCUUCAGUGUCAAUGAAGAACAGUUGUACAUUGUUUUAUUGUAGAAAUUACAAUCUUUUUCCAAAAUCAU